AUGAGCUACUUACUCUCAUCCCCAAACAGGCACCAUGUUCUCUCAUCUAUCAAUCCGACGCCGCCUGCCGGGUCACGUCAUACGACCAGCAGACACACCGCGGACUCUGAGCGCGAGCGGCCCAAGGUCACCCCAAGGUCACCCCCAACGGAACCCAAGCAGCCCGAGGAUCACGAUGAGAACCCGCUGCGUCCGAGAUCGUCGCGCCUCAAGCUCAAGACUUCUAGGCGACGACAUCGCUCCCGAACCCGCCGCCCGGACCGGGAUGAGGACCUGAACGAAGCUACCUCGUCCCACGAGUCAGGCAGCCACCAUCGUCGCCAUGGCCACCGCCAUGGCCGACGGCACAGAUCUGCGUCCCGAGGCGACUCCCCCGAGAUCCCCGGCCCGCCACCGCUCGAUCCGGAAACGGCUUUUCGCGAGUCCCUCUUCGACGCCAUGGCCGACGACGAGGCAGCCUCGUACUGGGAGCACGUCUACGGCCAGCCCAUCCACGUCUACCCCAACGAAAAGGUCGGCCCCCAGGGCGAGUUGGAGCGUAUGACCGACGACGAGUACGCGGCCUACGUGCGACAAAAAAUGUUUGAGAAGACGCACGCUGGGCUCCUCGAGGAAAAUGCCCGCCGCGAGGAGCAGCGCAAGCGCAGGGAGCGCCAGCGGCAGGACAGGCGCCGCGAGCAGGACGAGCACGCGCGCCGCAGCCGCAAGCUCCAGGACGACGUAGAGCUGAGCCUGCGCCGCGGCGAGGCACGCAAGCUGCGCAAGGAAUGGGAUGGCCUCUGGGCAGACUACGCCGACGGCUGGGCGGCGUGGGAUGGCCAACUGGCCAAGCUGCCGUGGCCGGUCAAAGGGGGGCGGCGCAAGGACAUCACGGAGGAGGAUGUCCGGACGUUUUUCGUCCAGGGCUUCAACCUCCAGGCAGUCGGGGAGCGGGCCUUUGCCGCCCAGCUCAAGGAGGAGCGCGUCCGCUGGCACCCGGACAAGAUCCAACAGCGCCUUGGCGGCGUGGUGGACAGCGACGUCAUGAGGGAUGUGACGGCCAUGUUCCAAAUCAUCGACCGACUCUGGGGGCAGACACGAUAA